UCUUUCCGCCAUCUUUCCGCGCCGUCACCAUGGUGCGCAUGAAUGUCCUGGCGGAUGCUCUCAAGAGUAUCAACAAUGCUGAGAAGAGAGGCAAACGCCAGGUCCUCAUCAGGCCAUGCUCCAAAGUCAUCGUUCGGUUCCUGACUGUGAUGAUGAAGCACGGUUACAUUGGUGAAUUUGAGAUCAUUGAUGAUCACAGAGCUGGGAAAAUUGUUGUGAACCUCACAGGCAGGUUGAACAAGUGUGGAGUGAUCAGCCCUAGAUUUGAUGUGCAACUCAAAGACCUAGAAAAAUGGCAGAAAAAUCUGCUCCCAUCCCGUCAGUUUGGCUUCAUUGUACUGAUAACCUCAGCUGGCAUCAUGGACCAUGAAGAAGCAAGACGAAAACACACAGAAGGGAAAAUCCUGGGACUUUUUUUCUAGAGAUGUAAAGCAUAAAUAAAAAGCCUCUGUGGACUAUGAAAAAAAAA